AUGGGACGAACCACUGCGGAGCUGGUCCUGAAGCUUCUGGGCCUGUGGCUGCUGCUGUGUAGCUUGGGGCACCCUGGGAGCGCCGAGCCUCGGGCCCCACCGGAUAAGAUCGCGAUUAUUGGAGCUGGAAUUGGUGGCACUUCAGCAGCUUAUUACCUACGCCAGAAAUUUGGGAAAGAUGUGAAGAUUGACCUGUUUGAACGAGGAGAGGUGGGAGGCCGCCUGGCCACCAUGAUGGUGGCAGGGCAAGAAUAUGAGUCAGGAGGUUCUGUCAUCCAUCCUUUAAAUCUGCAUAUGAAGCGUUUUGUCAAGGACCUUGGUCUCUCUGCUGCAAAGGGCUCUGAUGGCCUAAUGGGAGUGUAUAAUGGAGAGAAACUUGUGUUUGAGGAGAGCCACUGGUUUAUAAUUAACAUGAUUAAACUAGUUUGGCACUAUGGAUUCCAGUUCCUCCGAAUGCACAUGUGGGUAGAGGACAUAUUAGAUAAGUUCAUGAGGAUCUACCGCUACCAAUCUCAUGACUAUGCCUUCAGUAGUGUAGAGAAGUUACUGCAUGCUCUAGGCGGGGACGAUAUCCUUGGAAUGCUUAACCGAACCCUUCUUGAAACCCUGGAGAAAGCAGGCUUCUCUGAGAAAUUCCUCAAUGAAAUUGUUAUUCCUGUCAUGCGGGUUAAUUACGGCCAAAGCAUGAACAUCAACGGUUUUGUGGGAGCAGUGUCAUUGGCUGGUGCGGAAUCUGGGCUUUGGGCAGUAGAAGGUGGCAAUAAACGUGUUUGCUCAGGGCUCCUUCAGGCUUCCAAAGGCAAUCUUAUAGCUGGCUCAGUAAUGUACAUAGAAAAAUCAAGGACCAAGCAGACAGGAAAUCCCACCAAGAUGUAUAAAGUGGUCUACCAAACUGGAUCUGAGACCCACUCAGACAUCUAUGACAUUGUCUUGGUGGCCACUCCAUUGAAUCGAAAAAUGUCCAAUAUAACUUUUCUCAAUUUUGACCCUCCGAUAGAAGAAUUCAAUCAAUACUACCAACAUAUAGUGACAACUUUAGUUAAGGGACAGUUGAAUACAACAAUCUUUAGUUCUAGAGCGUUAGAUAAAUUUGGUCUCAGUGCAAUCUUAACCACUGAUAAUCCAGAUUUGUUCAUUAACAGCAUUGGGAUUGUGUCCCCUGUAAAAGAAAAAGAUACUCCUGAGCCAUCAACAGAUGGAACAAAUGUUUGGAAGAUCUUUUCCCAGGACGUUCUUACUAAAGAGCAAAUCCUAAAACUCUUUUUGUCUUACGAUUAUGCUGUGAAAAAGCCUUGGCUUGCCUACCCUCACUAUAAGCCUCCAGAGAAAUGCCCCUCCAUCAUACUCCACGAUCGGCUUUAUUAUCUCAAUGGCAUAGAGUGCGCUGCGAGUGCCAUGGAAAUGAGCGCCAUCGCAGCCCACAAUGCCGCUCUCUUGGCCUAUCACCGCUGGAACGAGCAUACAGACAUGAUUGACCAGGAGGGCUUAUAUGAAAAGCUUAAAACUGAACUGUGAGUAACACUCUUUUCCUUUUCUAGUUCCAAAUGGAUUAUCAUUGGGGAAAAAGAACAAAAUCUGAACAGAGUUGAUUUUUGAAUCGGGUAUUUUGCAUUGUUUAACAAAAAUGAUCCCUGUGGGCCAU